GUACCACUCGACUAGAAGUCUAGAAUAAGUUUGUCUCUGAUAAUCUUUAAAAAAAACAAAAAAAGUUUGUCUCUGCUUUUUCAUCAUUAAUUUGUGUAGGGUGUUCGUGUGAACCCAUAUUUAAUUGGAGACAGAGGGGCAUUCCCACAUAAACCCCCGACUACCAUCGCCUUUUUGGAAACUUAUCGUCUUCUCUCUCUCUCUCUACGUUAUGAUGUGAGAAACUGAAAUGUUUUAAGACGAAGCCGAAGCUACAAAUCAUCAGAUCGUCUCACCGAAGGCAGCCCUUCCGAUUUUGCUUCGUGCUUACUGAGCUAAAAAUAUGGUCGGAAUUUUCUCAAGGUUUUCCAGGAGUGCUCAUCGUCGCGCUCAAAGUGCAAUUGAUCUAAGGGAAGCAUUGCCUUCAGCACCAGAGACAACAACUGCUGCCAUUGCAUCAGCAGCUGCAUCUCUAUCUGGUGUCCCCCAUGGUAUCGAAAUUGCAACUGAAUUUAAGCCAGUCGAGCGCCCCUCGGAGCCUCUUGACAAUGAUCAACCAGUUCAAUGUCCGUUGCCAGAGCCUUCAAUUCUCAAUGACGGAAGAAUAUGGAAGGAGAGAGUAUCUUCAGUUGUACCAAGGAGAAGUGAUGCGCUGGCGCCGCCCAUCCAGAAGGAAACCUCAACCGAACCCGACACUCUCCCGAGAAAACCUCCGCCCGCUCCUAAGCGGGUUAUUCUGCCAUCAAUCAGUGCCCCGGAGCAUAACAUCCUAAAAUUGCUCGACGAGUGCAAUGCAUCUGGAAUACAAAGCUGCGACAACUGAUCACAAUUCACAAUCUCUUUUGCAGAAUAGCUGUACAAAGGGCUCGAUGAUCUUUUCUCUAGUAACCUCUCCCCUUUCCUUAUAUCACAAUCAGUUCCACGCAUUUCAUGUCAUUUUUCAAUGCGAAACACACCUCUAAAUUUUCUGUCUCAACUAAUGGUUGCUGCAUCUGAAGCUACAAGUUACAGACAGCUCAGGAGUUUACAGAGGCACAAGCACACAUCACGGUUGCUCGACUUUGGGAUCGAUGAGGCAUUUUUGGUGCCUUCGGUAAGUUCAAAGGUUCAUACAUCGCGCCCUCUACGAGCACGACGAGCGCCUGUGGUGGGCUGAAAAUCAACAGCAAAAACAAGAGAGGUGAUCAAAUGGCCUUUUGAAGGUGGAGAGUGGCCUCUUUUAUCGAUUUGCUUUCUUGGUUAGGUCCUUUGGUAUAGUUGCCGUGAUUUUGUGCGUUACGAUUUCUUUUCUUUUUCUGUGCAAUCGGAUUAAAGUAUAUUUCAUAAUGAUUUUAUAACAAUAAUUUAUUCGAUCU